AGUAAGCCCUAGCGUGGACGUCCCGACAACUUAAUAAUUGUAGUCGUAUGACGGCUGUGGUAUGUCAUAAAUAAUUUUGAUCAUUUGCGGCUCAAGGGCGACUCCAGUUAAAGUAGUAGACCUCAGGUGUUCUGACACGUCAUGCGACCAUCCUUUGCGACGCACAUUCCCAGGAGAAAUAUAUUUACGUCCCAAUUCAGCGUGCAUCAGGUUCAUAACAGGGUUCCUGGACCCCGGAACGCUCGGACGUCAGCAGGCGUUAGCUCCAUGGCGGGUCCUAUUAAAAUGCCGGAGUUUUAUCCUCAUGGAUUGAAGACUCUUACACCAGGUAACACCAUCGUGGAGGCGCUGCAGCUGCUGGGUCCGGGCUUCCAGCUGCGACCGCUGGACACCCCCUCGCCCUACGUGCGCCCCAAGAUGGCCCUCUACGACUUCAACGGCAAGCAGCGGCGGUGGGACGUGGUUGAGGCGCACUCCUCAGUGGGUGUCGUACUGUACCACAGAGAUCUGGACUCCUGGAUCCUGGUACGGCAAUUCAGGCCUGCCGUGUACGCCAGCCUGCUGCGCCAGGCGGAGGCAGCCGGGCAGCCGCCGCCGCCAUUCAGUGCGGCCUUUACCUACGAGCUGUGUGCGGGCCUCAUUGACAAGUCCAAAUCCAAUGUGGAGAUCUGCCAGGAGGAGAUCCUGGAGGAGUGCGGGUUCGCGGUGCCGCUGGAGUGCCUCCGGGAGGUGGGGACAGGCAUCAGCGCGGCGGGCACUGAGGGGGUGCCGCACACCAUCUACUACGCGGAGGUUGACUCCUCCAUGUGUGUCGCGGGUGCGGGCGGGGGGCUGCUGAGCCACGGCGAGUGCAUCGAGGUGCUGGCGCUGCCGCUGACCGCCUCGCAGCGCUUCGUGGGGGACAGCAGCCUGCCCAAGAGCCCGGGCCUCAUGUUCGGGCUCACGUGGGGCUACUUCAACAAGCUCAACGGAAGCCUGGGCACCCGGCCCGCUGCGGCUGCUGACGGGGCGGAUGGGGGGUCCAACCCGCUGCUCACGGAGGAGCUGACACUGAGGCCCGUGCUGCCGGCGUGAGGGGGCGGAGGGCAGCACGGCAGGAUGGCGGGGAGCGGGGGCCGGGGAGGGCAGGUGAACCGGAUGGGUUUGGGCGGGGGAGGGGGGGAGGCGCGGGAGCGCAUGGUGACAGGAAGGGUUGCAUCGCUUCAUCGGUUCAGGCGCCAGCAGCUGCGGAAUGGAUUGACUGUCACACCGCGAGGGGGGCGACGCAUGAAGGCGGGGGUGUGUAUUAAAAAAUGUUGCCACGAGGAGGAACGUACUGAGUUGUCGGUAGCUGAUGUCCCCACCAAAAGCGCCAGGGGAGGCGAAGAAUAGGCGGUCGGAUGUAGGCGAUAGCCGUGCUGUGUAUGUGGGCAGGGCUGCUAGCAGAUGAGUUGUGUGGCGAAUACGGACAUGCGCACGCGCAGGAGUAAAACUGCUUGGCGUUUCCCGCAUGGGUAGCGUGAGGAUGCAUGGUUGCAUGUCGACAUUGCUUGAGGACGGUUGGGCGGUGGUGGUGGUGUUGGAGAGGCGGCAGCUGCUGUAGCACGGAGGCCGCUGCUGCAUGGUCGGUGUAUGGCCACGCACACUGCAUGGUAACCCUUGUAAGUGUACG